AGGCAUGACCAGUGAAACUAAUCACCAUAUCCAUUAAUGAAAUGCACUCCGCCACCCAGUGGACGGAACCUAGAACUACAGAAUUGAAUCCCAUCAUGCUUUGCCGUGCCCGCCGACCCGUGAGCUACCGAUGCUAGGCUAACUGUCGUUAGCUGCCGGGAGCGGACAAGCUGUACCGACCCUUCCUUGAAUAAACAUCGCUUUAAACGGGGAAUCGGGAGCUGAGGGCAAGGCUCGGAGCGUUGGGCAACCAUGGAUGCCGUCAACGCCUUUAACCAGGAGUUAUUCUCACUGAUGGACUCCAAGCCCCCGAUCUCUCGGGCAAAGAUGAUCUCCAUCACCAAAUCAGCCAUCAAAGCUAUGAAACUCUACAAACAUGUGGUCCAGAUUGUGGAAAAGUUUAUCAAGAAGUGCAAGCCUGAGUACAAAGUCGCAGGCCUGUAUGUGGUGGAUUCCAUUGUUAGGCAGUCCAGACACCAAUUUGGACCGGACAAGGACGUGUUCGGCCCAAGAUUUACCAAAAACAUUGCAGGAACUUUUGAGAACCUCUGCCUUUGCCCCGUAGAGGACAGGAGUAAGAUUGUGCGAGUGUUGAACCUGUGGCAGAAGAAUGGGGUGUUCAAGAUUGAGGUUAUUCAGCCCCUCUUGGACAUGGCAGCUGGCUCUAGCAGUGCUGCUGCACCCUACACAGGGACUGAUGAGCCAGGUUCUUCUCCACCUCCAGCCAAAGAGCCAGUUACUGCGGUAACGGCAAACUCCACCAUGACAUCUGCUGCUCAGCUGCAAAACUCAGAUGCCUUUGCUGCUGUGGCACAGCUCUUCCAGUCCUCACAGGGUCAGCAGCUUCAACAGAUGCUUCAGAACUUUCAGCAGCAGCCAGUGAAGCCCAUUGAUACCAACACUCAGCCUCCUCUCCAUACUAUCCAAACUCAGGCCCAAAACGUCACUACUGGGCUGGGCAUGGUCACCCCACAACCUCCCCUGCCCACCCAGCCUACCCAACCUACCCAGCAGAAAACGGCCUUUGACAAGGUGACGAAAUUGCUGGACCGUUUUGACUAUGAUGACGAACCAGAAGUCGGAGAAGAAACAAAGAAGGAUGAAAUCGUAUCACAGCCCUCCUUUAUGCAACAGCCUCCAGCCUUCCCACAGCACAUGGAGCACUUUAAACCGCCUGUGAUUAACAUGUCACAAGACCCCUCACAACAGGUUCCUCUCCCUCCUAAUGGCCAGCUCCAGGCCUACGGUUUACAACCAGGACAAAGUUUCCCAGUUGUGAUGCCUCCUAUGGGGCAUGCUCUGCCAGGGCAGCCCCUCCCUGGUUCUACUGGGCCUCCAGGCUUCCCAGGGGUAUACCCUCCCCACAGUGCAGCCCAGCAACAACAGGAUUUGUCAGUGGACAUGGACCGUUCAUCCACGAGGGAUGGGAGACAUGGUCGAAGGUCACACUCAGGCUCCAGGUCUCCAAAGCGGAGGAGGUCACGGUCUAAUUCCCGUACACGACGGUCCAGGCACAGGCGAUCCCGCUCACGCUCCAGAGACCGGCGUCACCAUUCCCCGCGCUCUCGUUCGCAGGAGCGCAGGGAGAGAGAGAAAGAGAGAGAGCGAAGGCAGAAAGGCCUCCCUCCACCCAAGAGCGAGGCACUAAGCAUUUGCAGUACAACUCUCUGGGUCGGCCAGCUGGACAAAAGAACACAACAACAAGAUGUCGCCUGUUUGCUGGAGGAGUUUGGACAGAUAGAAUCCAUUAAUAUGAUCCCUCCACGCGGCUGUGCCUAUAUUGUCAUGAUACAUAGGCAAGAUGCCUUCAGGGCUCUACAGAAACUCAGCAGAGGAUCUUACAAAGUUAACCAGAAAGCCAUCAAGAUUGCUUGGGCUUUGAACAAGGGCAUAAAGGCAGAGUUUAAACAGUACUGGGACGUGGAGCUGGGUGUCACCUACAUACCUUGGUCUAAAAUCAGAGAGGACCAGCUGGAGGAGCUAAAAGAAGGAGGAAUACUGGAUGUGGACACCUUAUCACCAGAGUGGAGUGGAGUGAGGAAGACUCUCGACCACCUUGAAGAACUCACCCACAACGGUCGUUCGGAGCCACAGCAGCCUGAGGAGACUCAGGCAUUACCUGUGGCUGCUGCAGCUGCUCCUCCUGCACAGGUCCCUCCAAUGCAGCAGCCAGUGGUUGGUGUGGGUUCUCUCCAGCCUCCUGUCUUUCCUGGUCCCAUAGGCAUGCCUCCGCCUUCCUUCCCCCCAGGCGUCCCCCCUCCUCCUUUCAUCAGACCUGGCUUCAACCCCAUGCAGAUGCCUCCAGGUUUCCCUCCACCGGGUGCCAUGCCUUUGGGUCCCCCGCCUCCUUCCAAAGGUGGAGUUGAGGACCCAUCUCUGGACCCAGCAGGUCUGAGCAACAGGAAAAAUGACGAGGUCCCAGAGGGUCCCAACAUCUUCAACAACCAGAUGGGGCCUAUAGGUAACCAAGUAGGUGUACCUCCAGGUGGACCACCAGGUGCUCUUUCAGGUAUACCUCCAGGUGGACCGCCAGGUGCUCUUUCAGGUGGUCCUCCAGGAAACAUCCAGACCCCCUCUGGUGGUCUUCUUGGCGCACGGCCCGGUAUAAUCCCACUCCAGCGUCCUCCCGUCCCCCCACUACCACACAUGCAGCGUUUCCCUCCACCGCACGUGACGAGACCUCCUCACCCCAACAUGCCCCCUAUACCCCCACAGAUGAUGCCCAGGGGACCACACCCCCAACUGAUGCACCAUGAGCCUCCUCCUUCUUCUAAAGGAGGCUUUGGGAUGCCCCCUCCCCACAAUAUGAGGGCUCCUUUCCCUCCACAUGGGCAUGGCCCUCCUCCUCAAGGUCCACCUCCUCCUUUUAUCAGACAAGGGGGUCCUCGUGGCCUAGAGGGGCCUGAAGAAAUGGAUGGCAGACCGUUCAGGGGAGACAGGCCUGGAUUCAGGGACCGAGAGCCAGAGAGGGAGCGAGACUGGGAUCGGGACAGGGAUAGAGAGAGGGACCGAGGUUUUGGAGGGGGAAGGCGUCCAUUUGGUGAUGGAGGGAGGGGAGGAGGUGGUGAUAGAAUGGAUGGGAGGGACAGGCUUGGAGGCUGGCAGGAGGACGGAGGCAAUCACCGGGGAGGAGGAUGGGAGAGAGACAGGGACAGGGACAGGGAUCGGGACCGGGAACGGGAACGAGAACGAGACCGGGACAGAGACAGAGACAGACAGGACUGGAGGGAGAGGAGGAGCAGUCUUGAUAGUGACAGAGAACGAGGGAGGGGUGAUGAUGGAGAGAGGGAGCACGGGCGGGGGGAGGGAAGAGAAAGAGGAAGGGGAGAGGGAGGGAGUCGAGAUAGAGGUAGGGGAGCUGAAGGAAAAGAAGGGGACAGGCCAAGGCGGUCAGAACGGCGAGAGAGGACCACGCGGUGGGACAGGGAUGAUCGACUGGCCGAACUGGAGAUCAUGGACAGAUUUCGGACCUCUAACAACACAGAGCAGCCUUGUGUGACUCCUGUGGUUACCAUGGAAACCAGUAAAGAACCAAGUGUGGAAGCUUCUAGACAAAAGGCCGAAUCAGAACUUGUAUCUCCAGCCCCAGAGGUAACUACUGCUGCAGGAGAGCUGAUGGCCUCUGAGCCCUUAACUUCGGCUCAAAGUGAGCCCACAGAAACAAAACAGGAAGCAGCAUCAUAAACUGGCCCACUGUAACUUUCAGCCAGAGACUGCUGUGAACCACUGAAAGAUAACACCGGUGUUUUUCACUAUGGUAGCCAGCCUCAAAUCCCGCAGAAGAAUUCUUACUAGUCGCAGUUUGUCAGCUGGUCAAAUUUUACUUUGCAUCUAUGUCUCAAAACACACGACCACAUCAAAAUCAGUUUGGGAAAAAUGGCUGUAGUUAAAUAUUGGCUGUCACCUCCAGUUUUUCUCCUUCCUGUAAGUUGUGAGAAUGAACAGAGUGCUUGUGUGUUGUCUUAGCUCUGUCCAUCUGGGGUUAAUGUGAGUGUAGCUUUUAUGUUUUUACUCAAGUUGGUUUGCAGACCGAGGAAACAAAUGAUUUCUGUUUCACAAAUUUAUUUUUACUCCAUGGCCUCAUCUGUGUGAUUGCAGGCACUCCUCAACUACAUAAAGGUAUUCAUUUUAAUUUAAUUUUUAAUUUUUUUCUUUUUUUUUGCUGAAAUGUCCUGUCAAACACUGAAUAUCUUUAAGUAUUUCUAUUAUAAGAGAAGCGCCGUUUAUUUUUUUUUUGUUGUUUUCAUCUCAUCUUGUUUUUCUUGUCAGCCAGUAAGGCACAGCUUUGAACAGACUGCAGUGGCCUUAAAAUCCAGUGAACUUACUUGUAGGUGUUUGAAUAGAGAAGGUGCAAAUAGGGGAAAACAUCCUUCAGGAUGUUGGGAUAAAUUACGCAGAGAAUUCUACCAGACUUGGUUCAGUAACUGAUUAAUCUUUGGCGUGCACAUUUACUGGCCAAUACCCAAUGUUCAAAAAGAAAAAAAAUAACUCUCAAUACAUAGUUUUAUAUAAGUUUUUAAAAAAUUAUAUUUUCCAGUGGUACUGAGUCUCUUACAAACACAGGAUUGAUUAGAAGCUGAGCUUAUUCUCACAAUUCUCCUUAUCCUCACAAGGUCUCUGAAUCUAACUUAGUCUUUAUUUUUUUUAUUAUUGAUAAACAGGCAUUACCCCAAUUACUUCUGAAAAAAGUAACACUCCUGUCGACUGUUCUAAUAUUAUUUAGGGAGUUGAUGAUACUUCACAUGUUUUGACUCUGCUGUAUUUAUCCAAUGUUACUUUAGCUUUAGCAAAGCUGUUAUGAAGAGCUUUUAAUCAUAUUGUUUGGGUACACAAAUACUGGACAAACAAACGAUCGCAGAGGGUGAAUACCAAGGACUUCAACUUGCAUAACAAAAUCUUUUUUUGCCUAACAUAUACUGUGACUGAUGGGCCAUGAUGCAUUUCAGAUAAGAUAUUUCAACAUGCAUAAAACCAAGAACGAAAGGAAAGUUAUGUCCAGGUGUAUCAUGGUAUAUCUAAAGAAAUUUGAUGAUAUUAUAUAAGUGGGCUUUAUUUCAUAAGUUGGAACAAUCUAGGCAGAGAAAUGGUUAUACAAAACUCAAUUGCAAUGCAUCUAUUUGCCAAGAAUUGACCCAAUGAGCAACAUUUUUAUCUUGGUUUCUGUUAAAUGUUUGACAUUUUUGUAAAACUAACAUCUGCAUCAUAAAAGUUUUUUUUCUCCUGCCUAAAUUUCA